UUGCCAUAACGACAGUGAAGAUGGCGGCAGGAGACGAGCACGCUGCCUCGGAGGUCCUGAGAGGAGUCGCUCGACACCUGAACUGUCUGAACGAAGACAACAAGGCGACCCGGAGGAGAGCCCUGGAGCUGAUCCGGAGGGACACCCUGGACCGGGCUCUGUCCUCCGGAGUCCAGCAGGAGGUCUUCUCUGCGCUCCUCCAGCCGCUCCUCAGGUGUCUGUCAGACCCGAUGGAGAAGUGCAGAGAAACCUCCAUAGCGAUGAUCACAGAGUUCCUCCGGAGCGUCCCCAGGCCGGAGGAGGCUCUGCCCUACCUCAUGCCCUGCCUGGCUCAGCGGUUCGGGGAGAAAGAGGUCCUGGAGCCGGCGGAGGAGCUCCGGCUGUCGGCCGUGGAGAUGCUGGUCCUGCUGGUGGAGGUCUGCGGGAAGAACUUAGCUCCGUUCCUCAGCGAGAUGAUCCGCGUCCUGCAGAGGAGCAUCCUGGACCCGUUCCCAGAUGUGAAGAGAGAAAGCUGCAGAUGCGCCGUGGAGUUUGCUAAGAGUGUUCCAGAGCAUUUCCACCUGCAGGCUGAGAGUCUGGUCAAUCCUCUCAUGCUGACGGUUUCUCAUCAACACUCUCGGGUUCGAGUGUCUGUCAUUGAAGCCACUGGUGCAGUCAUUCAACAUGGCAGCGGUAAAAACAUGGACGACGUGCUCUCUCACCUGGCUCAGAGGCUGUUUGACGACUCCCCACAGGUGAGGAAAGCUGUGACUGCAGUCGUUGGUGAUUGGCUGUUGCACAUGAGAGACCGAUACUCUUAUUUCCACCGACUGAUCCCACUCCUGCUGAGCAGCAUCAACGAUGAGAUCCCAGAAAUAAGACUUCUAGCCGCUGAUUUAUGGAGGCAGGUAGGCUCACAGUGGGAGAAGGAGAACGAGGACGACAUCAAGGACAAGAUGGACUUCCUUCUCACCCCGCCUCCACACUACCCACCAGGAGUGGAGCGUCCAGGGCUGGGCUGCAGAGAGCUGGUGGUGAGGAACCUGGGGAGGCUGGUUCCUGCCGUCUCCCAUGACGUGACCGACUGGCUGGUGCCGACCCGGAUCAGAACCUCCCAGCUGCUCUCUGUGCUGCUGCUCCACGCCGAGGACCACAGCACCCAGCACCUGCAGCCUCUCCUGGCCACCAUCUACCGGGCCUGCAGCGAGUCGGAGAGGGACGUGGUCAGAAACUGCCUGGCAGCUGCUAAACUGCUGGGAACCUUUGUCCCUCCGGCCGUCUUCCUGAAGCUGCUGCUGGAGCACGUGACCACCCCGUCCUCCUGCUCCCAGCCCUGGACCCCCCUCAUGGUUCUGGCUGCGGUGCUGGGAGGCUGCUCCGGGCCGCUGCUGAAACCACAUCUCCAGCAGAUCGCCAGCACUCUAGUCCAGCCCGACGUCUGCCAGGAAUACCAGCAGGUUGUGUACUUGGAGCGGUUGUCGUCAUGCGUGGAGAUGCUGCUGCAUCAGUGUGAGUCGGACUGCGGCUCCAUCAGCCUGCAGCUGCUGCAGGUUCUGGUCACAGUUCAGAGUCUCUCCACUGAUUCACAGCUCAGUGAAAAGGCCUUGGAGACCGUACAGCUCUUGUGUAAGGUGCAGGGCCUGGACUCAGUGAUAGAGCUCUAUAGACAACAUAUGGACCAGCUGCUGGACUGGCUGUCCUCCUCUGUCAGCACCUGGUCCAGUUUCUCCCCACAGAGACUCCAGCUGCAGGUCGUAGUCGUCCAAUCAGGUCCAGUGAUUGGAGAGUUUUUGAGCCAGCUGAUGCCUCUCCUCUGUAGCUGCCUCCAACCAAACAGAGACCCAGAAAUGAGAAUGAGCAUCUUCACGAUGUUCGCCAAACUGCUGCUGGAUGCAAACAACACUCUGGAUUCCCGAGGACGUUUCUGUGACGAGUCAGAGCAGUUCCUGUGUGACGUCUUGCUUCCUAACCUGGUGUGGCGCGCAGGCCGGACUGCUGCCGCUGUCCGUACCGCCGUCCUCAGCUGUGUGUUGGCCCUGCUGCAUGGACAGGCCAUCACACCUGGACAGCUGCUCAGUCUGGAGGAGAAGCUGAGCCCUCGGGUGCUGUCGGCUCUGGACGAGGACUCGCAGAUGAGUCGACUGUUUGCCUGCCGUUCUCUUUCUGCCAUUCUCAGACUUAUAGGAACCAGUUUGCACCAAGAGGCACUCAACAAGAUUUACCCCGAGCUGCUGAAGCGUCUGGACGACAGCAGUGAGGAGGUGCGUGGUGAGGCUCUGCAGGCCCUGGAUCUGUGGCUGUCCAGCCUGACCAAAGACUACGACCUGGAGCUGUGCAGUCCUCAUCUGCAGCUCCUCUUUCAGCAGCUCCUCCUGCACCUGGACGACCCCGACAGCUCAGUGCAGGACCGAGUGCUCGACGUCCUGAAGAAAGGCAGCUCGGUGCAUCCGGUCCUUCUGAGGAGGGAGGUGGAGGCGGUGAGGGACAAACAUCGGAGUCCAGUUUACUGCGACCUGCUGCUCCAGAGCUUCAGCUCACCACCCACAUCCUGAUGACUGCAAACAUCUGGUCAAACAGACCGAUGAUUGUGCCUUAAUGAGGAGAACAUUCACUCCAACCAACUCAGCUUUAGAAUAAUCUAUACAUGGAUGUCCCCAGAGUUCGUUCAGCAGACGGAUGAAUGUUCUUUUCUAGUUGAUCUUUAAAUAUGUCCUGUAAAGCUCGGUGUUCAGAGCAGUCAUUCUUUUCUUGUUCUGUUGUUUUGAUUCUGAUGUUUGAAUUUAUUGAAGAAUCAUUUUUGAUUGUUGAAUUUACAUAUUUAGGUUUUACCCUCAUGAGAGGAGCUGUUCCUGUGUUGUUUUAUCUGUCAAACAGAGCUUAAUGAGGUGUAAAUAUAAAUAACCUUUUAAUAAAUCUGAUCCUUUUAAAUA